AUGGGAGACGCUCAAUUUUACCAGGGAUACCAACUGGGUGUCGAUGUUGGUGGCACGUUCACUGAUGUCUACGUCUUCACGCCGCACGGGCAAACAGUGCGAGCCAAGGUCCCGACUACCAUCCCCGACCAAAGCGUAGGCAUCAAGAACGGCAUCGCAAAGGCCCGCCUGAUUCUGAAAGAGAAGUUCGGCUGGUCAGGCACUUUUCAGUUUAUCCAUCAUGGAACGACAACUGCGACGAAUGCCGUCCUCGAAGGCAAAGGCGCCCGCACUGCCCUAGUCGUCACGGCAGGACACAAGGAUAUCCUGGCAUUGCGCCGAUCUCAAAUCCCCGGCGGUUUAGGAGCCUGGUUACACUGGACCCCACCGGAGCCAAUUGUGCCACUAGAGCGUGUCGUGCAGUGCAAGGAGCGCAUGUCUGUCCAAGGCGAGCCCGUCACCGCCGUCGACGUCGAGGAUUUACGACAGGGACUGCAAGAAUUGGCUAAGCAAAAGCCAGAGGCAGUGGCCAUCUCGCUGCUGAACUCCCAUAGCAAUGAUAAGCACGAACGCGAGGUGAAAGAGAUCGUACGCAAAGAACUUGGACCCGAAGUUGCGGUCAUCUGCUCCGCAGAUGUCCUGCGCGAGGUUGGCGAGUAUGAACGGACUGUCACCACCUGCACCAACACACUGGUGAAACCAGUCGUCGAGACCUAUCUCCGAAACCUCUCCCAAACCCUCGCGGAAGAGAGUGAGACGAUUCGUGUUCUUAAGAGCGACGGUGGUUUGACCAGCUUGACGCUUGCCUCCGAGCUGCCGGUGAACAUUCUUAUGUCCGGUCCUGCUGGAGGUGUGAAGGGAGUGGCCGAUGUCGUGGCUCGCAGCACACCAUACAAAAACCUGAUCACCCUGGAUAUGGGUGGCACGUCGACGGAUUGUGCGCUAAUUUACAAUGGCCAGCCACAACUUCGAAGAGAGACGGUUGUCGAAAACCUCUCUGUUCGGUCUCCGGCCGUGGACAUCAAAACUGUUGGAGCUGGUGGAGGUUCAAUCACCACCUACAUGGAAUUGACCGAGACAUUGCGCGUUGGACCCGAGAGUGCCGGCGCUGUGCCUGGCCCUGCCUGUUAUGAGAAAGGCGGAAAGCAGGCAACGGUGACAGACGCGAAUCUUGUUUUGGGAUAUCUGCCCAAGACUCUCCUGGGUGGAGAUUUCGCACUGAAUAUGGAGGCUGCACUAUCGGCAGUGGGCGAGAUCGCGUCGCAAAUGAAGCUUUCCGUUACUCAGACGGCUGAAGAUAUCAUCUCAAUUAUCAAUGAAACCAUGUACGGUGCCUUGCGUCUGGUUUCGGUCGAACAAGGCUAUGAUCCUCGCGAUUUUGCACUGGUUGCCUUUGGAGGCGCUGGUCCGCUACACGCCAACGCUGUCGGUCAGCUCCUCGGGGCAUGGCCGGUCAUCGUCCCUCCUUCUCCUGGGAUCCUGUGUGCACAGGGUGAUGUGACGACGAAGCUUCGACAUGAGCAGUCGACAACAUUCAUUCGCCUGGUCUCUGAAACCACCACCGAUGAAGCUCAGAAACAGUAUAAGUGUCUAGAACAUCAAUGCCGGGAGACCCUGACAAAGUCAUCUGGAGUAAACUGGCCCGUGACAUGGAAGCCCUCCUACCAGGCAGAUCUACGUUACAAGGGACAGGCCUUGACCAUCACUGUAGACUUGCUUGCCGAGGAGCUGAUCUUGGAUACUCAGGGAUGGCAUAAGAUUCUGCGAGAAAAGUUUGACCAGCAGCACGAGCAGCUAUUCACCUACUGUCUUCCAGACUUUGAGCUUGAACUCAUGCGCCUCGGUGUUGUUCUUGAAGAAGCAUCGCCUAGCAUUGAUAUCCCCAAAGUCGGUAAAGCGAAGACGACAGAGCCCCCAGUAGAUGCGAAGAUCGGUGAACAGACGAUCAUCGUGCAAGGGAAGGAACAACUGGCUACCCUGUGGGACCGUCAGAAGAUCACAAAGGAGGGAGUGCGGGUCGAGGGCCCAUGCAUUAUCUCCGAGAUGGACAGCAACACACUUAUUCUACCCGGGUAUAUCGGCGAGAUUGACAGCAUCGGUAAUAUCUUGAUCAACCCUCUCGACAAAAAGGCAGCGGAUGUCACCCAGCACACUGCAGAGUCGGCAAAUCAACUUGUGAAGAGUACUCCACUGAUUCCUACCUUGAUCUCGUCCACUCUCGCUUCUAUCCGCGGCGAGAUGGACAAGAUGAUGCUCCGUUGCAGCAUGUCUCCUGCUAUCCGAGAACAGCAAGACGAGUUCAAUGUCAUCACCGAUGCCAAUGGAAAAAUGCUCGUCGGUCAGUUUGGCAGCUUCAUCACGGAGUUCCUCAAAGUCUGGCAUGGAACGAUCGAAGAAGGCGACAUCUUCAUCACAAACGACACCUAUCAAGUUCAGGGUGCCAUCAGUCAUCUAAACGAUAUCAUCGUCUUUCUGCCUAUUUUUCACGAACACCGUCUGAUUGGCUAUGCCUCGCAGUUCGGCCAUCUCACUGACGUGGGCGGUAUCGUUCCUGGUAGCAUGUCAAUUAACGCAACCUCUGUUUUCGACGAUGGUGUUCAGAUCCCUUGCAUUAAGCUGUUCAAUAAGGGCGUCAUGAACGAAGACAUCGUGGAACUUUUGUGUCGAAACUCCCGCCAGCCAGCAUGGUAUCGCUCCGAUCUUACUGCAAUUAUCGCGGCAUGCUCAAUGGCAGCAACACGAGUACGUGAGCUUGCCACUCGAUUCGGCCAAGAGGUCUACCUGGCUUCGUGCAACGAGCUGCUAUACAGAAACCGCUCUGGACUGGCCAAGAUUGUUGAGCGACAGUUCGACGAUGAGGAAAGCACAUUCACUGAUUACGUGGAUGACGACGGCCAUGGCGUCGGACCGUGGAGGCUCAGUUGCUCCAUGGAGAAGAUCGACGGCAACAGAUUGAAGUUCGAUUGGAAGGGCACUUCUCCACAGAGCCAGCACAGUAUCAACUUCUACCUUUCGGAAACCAUGUUCAAAAUGUUUAUCGGGUACUACCUGAUCGCAGCCGCAGCACCUGGAACCGUCAUUAACGACGGCUUCCACGACUUGAUCGAUGUCCACAUCCCUGAGGGUACCGUGCUGAAGCCCGUUCGCCCAGCGCCCAUCUCCUGCCGAACCCAUCUCAUGGGUCGAACAUUGGACAUCGUCCAAGCUCUCAUCGGUCAGAAAGACGACGCCUAUCAAGCCGCUGCUGGGUUCAGCGACUCGCCUCAUUUCUUCUACUCCGGGUUCAAGCCGAACGGUGAAUGGUACCAGCUGUACCAGAUUGGCUUUGGAGGAGUACCCGCUCGCCAGGCCGGUGACGGCCCAGACUGCCACUGCCUGUUCCCAGCCAUCAAGUCGAUUCCCACAGAGAGUAUUGAGUUGAAUUAUCCGCUACGCAUAGAGGCCAACGAGAGUGUUGCCGAUAGCGGUGGACCUGGAUUUUUCCGAGGCGGCAAUGCACAGCGGACCCUCUAUCGCUUCCUUGCCCGAGGCGAAUUCAGUCUGCACGACGACCGCUGGUUCACGAAGCCGUGGGGAUUGAAGGGGUCUGCGGAGAACCCGCCGACUGUGAUCCUCCCGUCGAAAUGUGAUCAUAUCCGUGUUGAUCCAGGUGAUCUCCUUGAGUGGAUAACCUGGGGUGGUGGUGGACUGGGAGACCCCUUGACGCGUCCGGCUGAGAAGGUUGCUUUGGAGGUUCAUCGCAAGCUUGUCACAAUUGAAGGAGCUCGGAAGGGAUACGGUGUUGUCGUGAAGGAUGACUUCACGGUGGACGAAGAGGGAACAAAGACUCUACGUGCUCAGAUGACGAAAGAACGUGCUGAGUUGGGUGAUGUUCCCCUCUACGAUCGUGGUGGUGGCCUUGAGGAGCUCCGUAAAACGUGCCUAGAGGAAACUGGUUUGGAGCCUCCUAUUCCCCAGUGGGAUACUGAACUAUAUGGUCCCCAUUCUGGAUUGAAAUAUGUGCAAAACUGGUAUGAGAUGAUGAGAUUGUUGAGCAAGACUGCAAGAGAGCAAGCUCAACAAAAUCGGGAUCAAGGAUCUAUUUAG